AUGGAACAAUGUGUGAAGUGUCCAGAUCAUCAGUAUGCCAACACACAGAGGACACAGUGCCUCUUGAGAGUUGCAAGUUUCCUGGCUUUUGGAGAUCCCUUGGGAAUGGCUCUGGUUGCCAUUGGUCUUUGUUUUUCUAUGCUAACUGCCUUUAUUCUUGGAAUUUUUGUUAAACACAAAGACACUGCCAUUGUCAAGGCUAAUAAUCAGACUCUCAGCUACAUAUUGCUCAUCUCCCUCAUCUUCUGUUUCCUCUGUUCUUUGCUCUUUCUUGGCCGACCCAACACAGUCACAUGUAUCCUGCAGCAGAUCACAUUUGGGGUUGUGUUCACUGUGGCUGUUUCCACAGUGUUGGCCAAAACAGUGACUGUGGUUCUGGCCUUCAAGGCUACUUCCCCUGGGAGAAGGAUGAGGUGGCUGCUGGUAUCAGGGGCUCCUAACUUCAUCAUCCCCAUCUGCACCCUCAUCCAGGUGACCUUCUGUGGACUCUGGCUGGGAACCUCUCCUCCCUUUGUGGACACAGAUGCACACUCUGAACAUGGCCACAUCAUCAUCCUGUGCAACAAAGGCUCCCUCACUGCCUUCUACUGUGUCCUGGGAUACCUGGGCUCCUUGGCCUUGGCCAGCUUCACUGUGGCUUUUCUGGCCAGGAACCUGCCUGACACCUUCAAUGAAGCCAAGUUCCUGACCUUCAGCAUGCUGGUGUUCUGCAGUGUGUGGCUCACCUUUCUACCUGUCUACCACAGUACCAAGGGGAAUCUCAUGGUGGCUGUGGAGGUCUUCUCUAUCUUGGCCUCUGGUGCAGGGCUCUUAGGUUGCAUUUUUGCCCCAAAGUGUUACAACAUCUUGUUAAUGCCAAAUAGAAAUUCUGUGCAUGGCUUCAGGCAUAAAAUACAGUAUGACAAAUAA